AUGUCGCUUGCUACGAGGAUCAACCCCCAAAAGCGACCUUUCAGAGACGACGACUUCGAGCGAUACCAAUACUCGACACACCCUUGGUUUACACCCCCAACAGGCACGAUAGCGGAUGCCACCACGCGACCCGACCUCCACACCCACCACUUCCACACCCGACGAGGAAGGCGCAUCUACGAGACGUACAAGCCCGAAGCGGAAGGCGAAAGACCGCUCGAUCACGAAGGCGACAUCUCCAUCGACGACAAUGACCUGCCCGAGAUCUCUGUUCUAGACGUCGAACCCGAAGGGAGACGCGUGCACUUUACGCCAAGAAGCAGCUGGUGUCCAGCAUCACCAAUGGAUCAGAGAGGCCCUGGAGAAAUGCCGAAGCCGAGUCUAGCGAGUCGCAUGAAAGCCUACGCCACUAUACCAGACGACUACAACCCGGGCUCGCCGUUCUUGUGGGACACGAGCGCAUGGAUUGAAGAGGAAGAGCUCGAAGAGCAACAGCAGCCACAACAGCGACAGCGAGUCCAACCACAACACGCUCCCUUCGCGCAGCUGCACCAUACACAACAGCACGUUCCCGCCGCUGCAUCGCCGUCUGCCCUCGGCCUGAGUGGAUUGCGCAAGUUUCAGCCAACACAGAGCAAGAAGCCAACUCUCCGCCAGGCGGUACUGAACAGAAAGUGUUCAGAACUGGAGCAGUUGAAAAGCUUCCCGCCAGGUACACUAGACCAGACGGUAAACGCCCUUCUGAGCUCGAGCGUUGCGGACCGGCCGAAGUUGACUCCAACUCGCCGUCUGCAAUCACCAUCGAAACAGCUCACACCCCCGAAGCCAUCAUCACCAGAGGCAGUAUACACACAACAAUCAUCACCUCCGCAAGCAUCAUCGCUGGAGACCGUAUAUCCAUCUCUAUCGGCCUCAUACUACGACCUCGGAGCUGAGCCACCACACAGAUCGGAGGCACAGCAGUCAGAAGAGCCUCGCUAUAUCGAUGCGAUGGCCGUAGUCACUACUCUCGGCAACUAUCUUACUGGCCUGAUUACCAACUGCUGGAACUUUAUCCGAGGCAAGCCUCAACCACAGCAGAUCGUCGCAAUUGAGACAGACACAACCGGACGGAAGCGUCGAGCUGUCGCAGGAGAAGACGUGAUUCGCAGAACCACUCCGUCGCCACAGCUGGGUGACGUUGAGCUUGUGCCUGGACAGUUUCCAGCGCUAUCUUCGGUCACCGAACCAAAGAUGAAUACCACACACAAUCAGCGCUCCACGCCACCUGAUUCCCGCCCAGUAUCCAGCGAGCGUCAAGACACUCAUCAGAACAUAAACGCAUCACGCGAGAUGAGGCAACAGCCAUCACCGCCAGAGCCCAGUCGCAACCAGACUGAGGCCACGCAACAGAAGCGCAGCACAAUGCAAGCGCCCCCACGAAAGUGGUACCUUGACAGAGAGGAGGACUAUGUUCCACCAGAAACGCCACGCCCGUCGACCCUCACGCACCUGAUUCGCCGCAAGUACAGACUGCCGACAACCCUCCGUUCACCCGAGGACCAAAAGAUGGAAGACGCCAAAGUGGACGAUCUCAUCACGAAGGCGAAGAAGGUCACGCUUGAGUCAGAGGAAGAUAGGGCAUUCCGCAAGUCUUACCGCACUCGCGCACAGAAGAUCGAGGAUGCCAAGCUCGCGAAAGAGCGCGAGGCACAGGCAAAGGCCGACGUGGAACGUGAAGCAGAGGAGCUUCGAAAGCGAGCUGCAGAAGCAGAAGAGAGGAGGGCUGCGCAAGAGGCAGAGGAGGAAGAGAGGAGGGCCGCAGAAGAAGCCGCAGAGGGAGCCAAGAGAGCCCUCAAGGCGCGAUUCAUCCGCCCAAUCAGCGAAGAGUGGGCCGACAAGAUCCGGACGGUCAUGAAGGACCCAGACAGGACCCAUGACGUUGCUACAACACCAGGCACGGCUACGACGCUCAGUCGCAGUGACUUCAUGAAGUUGUUGCCGCAGAAAGACGCCUCGGGACAAGACUUGAGACCAAAGAGCAGCGACGGCGCGAAGAAAGUGAAGUUUAGCGGCUGGCUCAACGAUGAAGUCGUCAAUGGAUGGAAUGAGUGCAUUGUCGAAAGCUUCAACAUGCAGAAUGGCUACAAAAAGGGUCCCAACACAGUGCCAGAAGUUGCAGCGUUCAACUGCGCCUGGCUGACGACCCUCAGAAACAAGAAUUACGACAUGAAAUCGAUCACCGGCUGGGCCCGGCGACUGGGCAUCAAGGGCAAGACGCAAGACACGAAGGAAUACAAGAUUCUGAAGACGAAGAAGAUCUUCUUCCCCAUCAACAGCGGUGCUCACUGGUUGUUAAUGAUCAUCGAUGCACCAAACCGGGAAAUCCAGGUCCUGGACAGCCUUUCGGGCAAGAGCACAGAAUACUUCAAGCUUGCACGUCAAUGGCUCCAGAUGGAGCUGGCAGAGGCAUACGUUCCCGAAGAGUGGACAGAGAGCAAGGUGCGCUCUCAACAACAAAAGAAUUACGAUGAUUGCGGCGUAUUUACAUGCAUCAACGCGCUGGCUAGCGCGACCGGAGUGGGCUUUACUGAUUUUGGCAAUGAAAAGGGCAUGGAGGAUGCAAGGCGCAUGAUGAGUGCGGUGUUGAUUAAUGGUGGUUUUACUGGAGAAUGGGAGCUCUAA